AUGCAGCACUCCAACUCGGCCAAGAUUCUUUUCAAGGAACUUCAACAAUUCAAUGAAAGCCCGAUCGAAGGCUUCAGGAUUAUACAGGUCGAUGAGAGUAACAUCUAUGACUGGCAAAUCGCCGUUUUUGGACCGCCCGGAACACCGUAUGAAGGCGGCUAUUUCAAGGCGCACAUUCGAUUCCCUGGCAAUUAUCCCUUCAGCCCUCCUACUUUUCGUUUCUUGACAAAGAUCUGGCACCCGAACAUCUACGAGAAUGGAGAAGUGUGCAUAUCUAUUCUUCAUCCUCCCGUCGACGAUGUCCAAGGCGGCGAAUUACCUGGCGAGCGAUGGAACCCCACUCAAAGUGUCCGUACAAUUCUGCUAUCCAUCAUCUCGGUCCUCAACGAUCCGAAUACAUUCUCGCCGGCGAAUGUAGACGCUUCCGUUGCUUACCGAAACUGGAAGGAGGGCAAGAACACCAAGUACCCAGAUCAUGUCCGCGCACAGGUGGUCGAGACGCAAAAAGAUGCGGAGCGAGACGGAGUAACGAUUCCUACUACUUCUGACGAGUAUUGCGUCACGAGCAACAACAAUACUAACGAUGACAUCAUGGACGAUGAAGAAUUCGACUACGACGAUGAUUAUGAUGACGAUGACGAGUCCAAUUGCCCCGCUGACUACUCAUUUUCGUCUGGAAUUCCAAGCCAAGUGAGUCUCACUCAAGCCCAAAGCACCGAGAUGCUGAUGCAGACUGGCUCAACCACGGCGAUCAACGAAAUCCCCGACGAGGAAAACACCAGCUGA